UAUAUAUAAAUCUAAAUAAUUGUGAAAUAAAAAAACAUUGCCAUGGAUUUAAGUUACAUAUUUAUCGUCUGCCUGCUGGCGCUCUACAGCGCCGACGCCGCAAGCAAACAGAAGUCGGGCAGAGGCCGAGGCUCCAUGUGGUGGGGCAUUGCCAAGGUCGGCGAACCGAACAACAUUUCACCCAUCAGCACCAGCAUCAUGUACAUGGAUCCCGCCAUUCACUCGACACUGCGCCGCAAGCAGCGCCGGCUCGUCCGCGACAAUCCUGGCGUCCUGGGCGCCCUGGUCAAGGGCGCCAAUCUGGCCAUCAGCGAGUGCCAGCAUCAGUUCCGCAAUCGUCGCUGGAACUGCUCCACGCGCAACUUUCUGCGCGGCAAGAAUCUCUUUGGCAAGAUCGUCGAUCGAGGCUGCCGUGAGACGGGCUUCAUCUAUGCCAUCACCAGCGCCGCUGUGACCCAUUCGAUAGCGCGAGCCUGCAGCGAGGGCACCAUCGAGUCCUGCACCUGCGACUACAGCCACCAGACGCGCUCUCCGCAGGCCAAUCAUCAGGCGGGCAGCGUUGCCGGCGUCCGUGACUGGGAGUGGGGCGGCUGCUCGGACAACAUCGGGUUCGGCUUCAAGUUCUCGCGCGAAUUCGUGGACACCGGCGAGCGCGGACGCAAUCUGCGCGAGAAGAUGAAUCUGCACAACAAUGAGGCGGGCCGAGCGCACGUUCAGGCGGAGAUGCGGCAGGAGUGCAAAUGCCACGGCAUGUCCGGCUCGUGUACGGUGAAAACCUGCUGGAUGCGUCUGGCCAACUUCCGUGUCAUAGGCGACAAUCUGAAGGCCCGCUUCGACGGCGCCACCCGCGUCCAGGUCAGCAACAGUCUGCGCCAGAGCAGCAACGCCGUCCCCGUCGUCAACCCCAAUGCGGCCGGGCCCAACAGCGUCGUGGUGGCCGGCGUUGGCGUCGGCGGCAACGGGCUGCCGCCCUCGGUCAGCGGCUACGACGACGAGGAGCGCAUGCUCAACGACCACAUGCCCGAUCUGCUGCUGGAGAACAGUCAUCCCAAUAGCAAACAGCACCAUCCCAACAUGCCCUCGCCCAACAGUCUGCCCGUGGCGGGCUCCAGGUCACGCGGACACGGACGGGGUCGCCUGGGUCGCAAGCACAACAGAUAUCACUUCCAGCUGAAUCCGCACAAUCCGGAGCACAAGCCGCCAGGUCCCAAGGACAUUGUCUAUCUGGAGUCAUCGCCCAGCUUCUGCGAGAAGAACCUGAGGCAGGGCAUUCUGGGCACACACGGACGGCAGUGCAACGACACCUCGCUGGGCGUCGACGGCUGUGACCUGAUGUGCUGUGGGCGUGGCUAUCGCACGCAGGAGGUCGUCGUUGUGGAGCGCUGCGCCUGCACCUUCCACUGGUGCUGCGAGGUCAAGUGCAAGCUGUGUCGAACCAAGAAGAUCAUACACACGUGUCUGUAAGCCCGUAGGCCUCCCUCUCCGGCCGCGCCCAGCCUCGGCCCGCCCUCUUGCCCACUAGCCCAUCCGCCCCCUAAUGCCCACUUUGUGUAUGUGUUAUGUAUUUGUCUACGCUUAGCCUUUGUUAUUAGACAUUAAGAGCCUAGACUAAAGCCUAGUUAAAGUCCAUGAACCGCCCCUAAUUUACGCGCACAUAACAGCCCACUCUGACUUCUUAGCAGUAUUACGUACAUAUACAUAUAAUCGUAUAUAUAAACACACACACAUAUAUAUAUAUAUAUUUAUAUAGACAGUCCAUAGACACGACAAAAGUAGAGUAUACAACUUCGUUUUGCCCAGUUUUUAGUUUUAUAAGCAACACGCGAUCCUAGCAGCAAAUCAUUUUUUUUUUUUUUUGUAAAUUUCGUUGCUGUUCUGCAAGGCCCAUAAAAGUAUAAAGUAUGUUCUAAAUUAUAGUCUUAAUUUAGCUAUAGAUUUCAUAAUUGAAAAAGAGAAAAAAGAAAAGGAAAACAAAAACAAAAGCGCGUUUAAGCAUCUCCUUCGACCCCAUUCAUUUAAUCAACGAAAAAUAUUUUACGAAAUUAUUGAAAACAAGACUGAAAUUCAAUUGCGCGCAGCUGAAACUCUCUCUUCUUCUUCUUCUCUCUCUCUCUUCCUCUGUUCUCUCGCCCUCUCUCUCUAACAGCAACAGUAACAGCAUUGUUGUUGUCUAGUUAACAGCGACGCUGACGUUGACGCUGGCAGCGCUGCUUGCAUUCCCGCUUUGCCCAGUUGCAAAGCGCAUGUUAAGCAUACGACGCGUGUACGUUUGGCAGCAGAAAGGAACUAGUUCCCACAUAUGAACCAGCUCAUAUAAACUACGCACUAUUUGCAGCAGCUCUCCAUGUCUGCGUCUUUCAUACAUUUUGUGUACAUAAUUAAGCUAAUUUAAUUUCAUUAUAAGUUCGUUAUCUCUAAGUAAGUACAGCAAAUGCACGCUAGAUGGCGCCACAUAAACCAUUAAUUUUGUACUCGGUUAUUUCUGCUAUGGAAUUUAUGAAAUUUUGCACAAAAGUAACGAAAUCCUUUAUUACUAACCAUAUUUUAUUUAACUAAAAAAAACAAAGGAACAUUUAAUAUGUGUCUUUUUUUUUAAUCCGCCCCCAUGCAAAAUUUAAUUUAUCCAUAAAUUAUGUUGCCUUUCCGGUUGUGCGUUCUAGGUAUUACUAAUAAUUAAUUAAUUGAUAGCUUAAUGAUUAAUUAGACGCCUAAUUCAAGUAUAUUUAAUUAAUUUAUAUUAGAGCAUAGACAACAUUCAAUAUUGUAAAGUAUUAAAAACAUAAUGAGAAACAAAAAAAAAAAAAACAAAAACAAAAAAAAAAUUGCGAAUGCAAU